GCCAAGCUCUCUUUCUCAGGGACAUUGAUUGAACAUGUGAGCGAGCUUUUAAAAAAUGAUCCGUCUUAUGACCUUAGUGAAUGUGUCAAAAUCAACAUAAGUGAUGGGGCAUAAAUGUCCAGAAGCAAUAACUUCAUGAUCCUUUUCUUCAAGCCUUCUUCAAAAAAGAAGAAAAGGAAACAGAAUAAUAGCAGCUGUUAAUGGUCCAGAAAAGUAAGACACCAUGGAACACUCUUUCUCAUCAGCCAUCAAAGAAAUCCACUCUGUUUUGGAAGCUGGCUCAUUGAGGUUGAUGGGGAAAGAAGUGAAAAUUGAAAUUUUUCUGGGAGAAUAUUACAAGUUUGCUCUCAUGGCCAGGGAACUUAGUGGAGCCACAUCUACUUAUGCUCGUCUUUGGUGCCUGAUUCAUAAGGUGGAUCGAUGGAACACU